AUGAUCACCAAUUCACCACCUAUGAGGAGAUCAAUACAAUUGGUAAAUAGAUCUCUUUCAGAAAUCCCAUCACAUAUGUUGUUGGAAAUACUUUGUAGACUUCCUAUUAAAACAUGUCUAACAUGUAAACUUGUUUGCAAAGAAUGGUAUAACAUCAUCAUCAGUCGUGAUUUCUCUACUUUUCGACGCACCCAUAAUACCAAUGUUGCUCGUCAUACCUUCUUGUUCUACAAGCGUGCCAAUUUUCGUGGACAAGAUCAGUUGCAAGGUUUGGACUUUCACUUUGCCGAGCUCGAUAAGCCCUCGUAUGUCAAUGUUGGUGUCGAUGCAUUGGUUCGUGUCACACCCAAGAUUGCUGGCAUAUCUAAUGUUGAAUUGUAUAUGGCUAGUCAUUGCAAUGGUGUUGUUGUACUAAUAAACAAAAACGAGUCGGAUCGCAAUUUUUAUGUAUGCAAUCUGCUCACAAGCUAUUAUCUGACUGUCAAACCGUAUUUUGAUUCGUCUUACCAACUGAGGUAUUGUAUGUUAGGGUGCUGCCCAACGACGCGCCAAUUUAAGCUCUUUAUAUUGGUUAGAAAUACAAAUAGUGGUGGUAGGAACGAGACGAGGAUACAAACUGUGGGUACUAAUAAAUGGAGGAGAGUGGUGAAUUCGCCGUGCUUGAAAUGGGGAAGCAGCACAUGUUUUCUCAAUGGUGCUGCUCAUUGGUUUGCAAGCAAAUAUAUAUGGUCCUUUGAUUUUACGCGUGAAAAGUUUGUAUCUAUGCCAGUUCCUAGUGUGAUUCGGAGCUACAAGUAUAAAGAUUUGACGGUUUUCGACUCGUGUUUAUGCUUAAGCUGCCUCUCCUAUCCUGAUGAUGGCAAUUUUAGAGACAUUUGGGUUAUGAGACAGUAUGGUGUGAAAGAAUCGUGGGUGAAGCAAUUUGUUCUUCAGUGGGGUGCAUGCGAUUGGGAUGUACCUUUAGUACAUAUAGAUGAGAAGACAUUGUUGAUUUCGCGUAAACGAUCACGUCGUAUAUUGUAUGAUCUAAGUGGAAAAGAAGAGCACAAGAAACAGCAGCAGUUACCACAGCUUUCUUCAUUUGAUACCACCUCAUGUGAGGAUGUCGAGUUCUCCAAGGUUAUUUGA